AUGACCGACAACAUUGUGGUCGCUUUGAAGCCGGUCGCCAAUGGCCCCGACGAAGACAUCAGUGAUGAGCAGAUUGAGCAAUUGCUCGCUCGCGCCACAACACGCCUGCAAGAAAAGUCCCAGGACGGCCAGCAGCUAACCCAGAGCACCACCCAGCACAACUUCCACUUUCCCCGACUAGACGCAGGUCAGCUCGAGAAGCCAUACGUAUCGACAAAAGGCGACGUCGCCACGGUCGAUUCGUCCCGAUUGCUGCAAGAAAAGCAUCGCAAGCAGGCCAACGGAAUCAGAAAGGUCGAGGACCCGGUCAUCCGUCGCAUCACCGCCGCAGAGCAGAAAAAGGCCACUGCCGGCGACAAGUGGUACAAUCUACCAAAGACCGAUCUGACACCCGAGUUGAAGCGCGAUUUGCAGCUCAUCAAGAUGCGUGGCGUGCUUGAUCCCCAUCGUCAUUACAAGAAAGAUGGYGGCAAAAUGGCGGCACCAGAGUAUAGUCAGGUGGGCACCAUCAUUGAGGGACCGACAGAAUUCUUCACCGGCCGCCUUGAGAACAAACAGCGGAAGCGCACGUUUGUUGAGGAGGUACUGGCGAAUGAGAGGGAGAAUGGCCGAUUCAAGAAGAAAUACGGCGAUGUGCAGAACAAGAAGACCAGUGGAAAGAAAGGUUUCUACAAGUCGCUGCAAGAGAAGAGGAAGGGUGGUGUCAAGAAGGGUGGUUCUGGUUGA